CUCUAAACCAAUCGGGUGGACGUUGCCACCCGGGCGGCGUCGCGGGAACACAAACAAAACAAAGACGAGUAGUUCCGUUUGACCUGAGAGCGCGCGGCUGCUGUCGAGUGUUUUCACAGCGAUGCAGCUUCUGCCCUGGAGGAACUAUCUCCCUGCUCCCGACUACCAACAGUUAAUCGGUAUCCGGUGUCAGCGGUGGCCGGUGAACAGGUCCACUGCGAGUCCACCGGUGAAGGGACCGUCCAUGUCGCGGGCCGUGGCUGACACCGGUUACCGAUGAAUUUCGCAAAGGUCAAAUAAUUCAGAGUUAGUUCUGAUCUCUUGUAUUAAUAUCCUUAUGAAUCCUGUGCAAUGAUGUAGCUUUCUGAUUUAUCUCGUGUUUUUCGUCGCUCAGCUACAGAAUGACGGGUGAGCGCCGGGGCGGGGCUGAAGGCGGAGACUGCGUCGCUAUGACGUCACAUUUCUGCAGAAGUCCUGUGGCAUUGUAAAAAAAAAUGCUGAAUGUAGACUGUGUGUAUUUGUCAGUUUAUUAGGAAAAAUGCAGGAAAUCUCAAUUUUGACAUUAUGGGCUUCCUGUUAAGACCAGACACAUUAUGUAUGUUUUCUUGGAAUGAGGGUAAAGGGUUUGAUACGGUGGCCCUGAGAACUCACAGCACUGCAACGUUGAAAAUCGUGUUUCCCAAACCUGCAAUAUGAUGUUUUGUUUUGUCCACACACCAAAGAUAUUCAGUUCACUCUCACAGAGCAGCAAAGAAACCAGAAUAUAUUCACAAUUAAGAAGCUGAAAUCAGAGAACUGAAAUCAGAGAACCUUUUUCCCAUAAUAACUACUUGUACCGAUAAAUCGAUUAUCAAAAUAGUUGGCAGUUAAUUUAGUAAUUGAUUACAACUGUUGCAGCUCUAAUCAGAAUGAUCUCAGAGUACCCCGCUCGUAAUCAUAACAUGAGGGGGGCAUUCAAGUGCAAUUUCGAAGACAGCAACUUGUCAACAUUUGUCAGCGAGAUAUGCUGCACAUUUUCUUAUACUCUUGUGUGUCAGUUGUCUGGGUUCCCGCCGGCUGAUGGACGGGACGGUGUCGCCAUGUCUCACAGACUGAGCAUGAAGGAGCUGGAUGAACAGUUUGAACUGUUCUUAAAGGAGUCUGUUUCAGAUGACUCAGUGGAUUUGGGCGUCUCCGAGAAGCAGCCUUCUGAUGGCGGCGCUAAAAAAGCACAAGUGUCAUGGUGGCAAGAUGACGAAGACGGUGGUGGAGGAGGAGGAGCAGGGAGAGGACUGUCCGGGUCUGGGAAGUCCUUCAGGAAGUCUUUGAGGAAGUCUCACUCCAUUCGAGAGGAGGACGAGGAGCCAGGAGACACUGGAGUGAGGGACAGAGGGCCGGAGCCAGAUGUUCUCAGCAGAGACCACACCGAGACAGAGGACUUGGUGAAGGUACCAGCCGUGAACAUGACCAGUUUGGGCCUGGACACUCUGGAGGAAGAAGAGGAGAAAGCCAGGUUCUUUGCCCAAAUAGAAGCAGGAGCCUCGUCAACGAUAGAUUACUCAAAACUGAACAGGGAGCUGGACUCGACGAGUGAUACCGUCGCUCUUAACCUCAGGAAAAUCGAGGAAGCAGUGGAGCAGAAUGACGAUGUUCGACGGAAGGCUGGAGACAUGGAGAACAUAAGAACCUCUCCAGGCUCUCCACACUACAGUGAGGAUUUUGAGGAAGAGGAGGAUGUGAAAGAGCCACUGGACGAGAAAUCUAAGAUGUCCCCAAUUAUUGCCAAAGUUUGUCUGUAUGAUUCUCUGGAUGACACUGGUGGUGGUGGAAAAGAAGGAGGGAAGCACACAGCAGGAUCAGUGGACACUGGCCACUCGCACGUGAAGAGCGGAGGCUCAGAGAUGGAGGCUCUUCACGACGCCUACAGACAGAUCCACGUUGUGGAGGAUUCAGAUGACUGUGAUCAUAAUCAUCAUAAUUCAACUAUGGAAGGACGAGAGGAGAGGCUCCUCAAAUCUGUGUCUCCAACGUUCCCUGCUCAACAUGACAGACAGUCUCUUCAGCCUGCUUCCACCAAUGAGUCAGAUCUACCCACUGCAGAAGAGCUGAUGAGGCCCAUCCGAAUAGAGGAGGACCAUACACGAGGGUUCAGCCUUCGGCCCAUCAGUGCUGUGGAAGAAAAACCACCCUGCUCUUUGGAGAAGACUUUCCCAGAUGUGACUUGUGCGGAGUCACAACAACUGAAGCGACUGGGAAAGGCCGACGCUGCUGCGACGACGAAGGGAGCUAAGGAAUAUACCAGGCUCCGCCCCGGCUCCCCAGACUUUCCCAAGCGUGACCUGACGUGGAGCAUCAGAGCGGAAGUCGCGACGCUGAUGGAGGAUCAAAGCAAGACAACUUCUCACAAAUUCCCUCAGGCUGGCAAAGUUACAAAGCAAUCGGCCUCCCGUAGCUCCGCCCUCUCUCAUCCGUCGACAUCGUCAGUGAGGAAGCCCGUCGUGGCUCCUGUGAGAGGCAGGAGAGUGGAGGGACGAGCAGCCGUGACGUCCAGGUCGUCAGGGAUCAGUAGAGUCGCUGCUCCAGCCAAGAGCCCACCACGUCCGUCAAGAGCUAAAUCCACAAAGAGCCCGAACAAAGACGACAAAGCAGAUCCAGGCCUGAGAGUGAGCAGUGAGCUCGUGGCGUCCGUUCAGUCCCUGGUGGCCGUGCUCCAACAGCAGAUCGACACCAACAGUCACCAGGAGAACAGACUGACAAGUCCUCCUCCAGAGGACAAUAGGGAGGAGGAGGGGGAGGACAGGUCUCUGGUGGAGGAGCUGAGUGUCCGGCUGGCUCAGAAAGAGAGGGAGCUGCAGGCAGUGAUGAAGGACGGAGAUGAGGAGCUCAACGCACUCAGACAGCAGAACUACGUCCUGCAGAGCAAGCUGCGAAGUGCAGAAGAAGCCUAUCAGAGGAGGAGAUGGGCCGAGGCCACAGACUCUGCUCCGGAGGGAACAUUCCAACAGAUGGAUAAAGAACUCAAAGAGCAGGAGGCGCUCAUUAAAGGUUACCAGCAGGAGAAUGAGAAACUGUACCUGCAGUUGAAGGCUCAGCAGGCAAAGAGCAAAUCCAACGAGGACGCCAUGUUCAGUGAAAACCAGAGACUGCUGAGCCAGCUGACUUUCACAAGGGAGCAGCUGAUUAAACCCUCCAGGCCCGUGGGAAACGUCUGCGUCGUGGAUCACACUCAGCACAUUACAGACUUGUUAGCUCAAAUAAAUACUUCCCAGAGGAACGAGGCGAAGCUGAACGAAGACGUUCACAGACUGAAGCAGGAAAAUCAGGCGCUGGAGGUCGACCUGCAGCUGCUGAAGAGAGAGAGAGACCUGGCGAAGGCUCAGGUCGUCUCCACCUCAGGUGAUAAGACUUUUGAGCUGCGAGCGCUGGAGGAGACGCACAGGGAGGAAGUGUCGGCCCUUAAGAAGAAGCUGCAGUGGUUCGCUGACAACCAGGAGCUUCUGGACAGAGACGCCGGCAGACUGACGGCUGCUGCAGCGCAGAUACAUCAACUCAAAGAGCAGGUAGAAAAUCUGAAAAUGGAGGUGAAGAAAAGUGAGCAGCAGAGAAAAGCAAGAGAUAAAUCUGCGGACACGAAGAAGAUGCAGGACCUGCAACGACAGGUGAAGGAGUUGGAACAGAUACUGAGACACAGGAACCCGAACUCGCUGCCCGCUCUCAUAUACGCUGCAGCCAGCGCAGAGGCCGCAGAGGAAGCGGACACCACGAAGACUUCUGCGCCCGACAAGAUCGUCGCUUUGCUGGAGCACAGGAUCCAGCGUCUGGAGGCGGAGCUGGAGAGUCACGACGAGGAGGCAAAACGCAGCCUGAGGGCCAUGGAACAACGCUUCCACGGUGUGAAGCUCCGCUACGAGCAGCAGAUCUCAGAGCUGGAGCAGCAGCUGGAGCAGAAACAGCAGGUGGAAGUCGAGAGCUCAGCGGCUGGCAGCCGGCCACUGACGUCACAGGUUCAAACCCUAGAGGCGGAAGAAAAGGAUCUGCAGCAGAUGAAGGAAAUCCACCUGGAGAAAGAGAAGUCUCCCCACGACCAGGUUGAGUCUCUCCAGCAGCAGCAGCUCAGAAACAGGCCGAGCUCGGGCCGGCACCAGCGUCAAGCUGAGGACGCGUUCAGAGUUCGGCUCGAGCGCAUGAACCACGAGCUCGCCGCCAAAACCCGGAGCGUUCAGGAGCUGAGCCGCACCGUGGAGCGACUGCAGAGGGAGAGGAGGAACAUGCUGUCCGUCCCCGACCCGCAAGCAGAAACCCAGUCCACAGAGACCCAGCGGAAACCGGCCCCGGCCAGAACGCUCAGCUCCGUCACCUCAAAGGAGACGCCUGGAGGCGAGAAAACGUUUCCAGCCGCUCACAAUGAGAAAACCUACCAGCCAACCGUGUUUGCAGGGAGUCACAUCUCGGAGGUUCUGCAGGAGAACGAGGCCCUGACGCAGCGUCUGGAGCUGCUGCAGCUGCAGGCGCAGCAAGAGAAGGAGGCACGGAAGGCAGACGCCGCACGAGCCGAGGAAGAGCUGCGCAGGCUCCUGGAGCGCCGUGCGGAGCAGCUGUCCUCCCUGAAGGCGGAGCACCUGCAGGCGUUGGACCGGCAGCGUGCUGCCCACGCUCUGGAGCACUCGUCCUCCAAGGUCGCCGAACAGGCCAAUCAGCUCGUCGCUCAGGAGAUAAAGAUGAAACAUUUACAAGAUCAACUGAAGGAGCUGCAGGGAACCAGAGAGGCGCUGACUGUGUCCCGGACGAGAGAGGGCGCUCUGCAGAGGCAGCUCGCCAAACUGCUGUCGGAGCUGAAGGAAGCUCAGGAGGCUCAGAGCUCCGAGGUGAAGCUCCUCUGUGGCCUGGAGAGGAAGAUCGUCAGCAUGGAGCUCCGACACCAGCACAGAGAGAUGGAGCUAACGCAGGUGAUCGGCGGCUCGUGGCACCUGCUGGAGGCUCAGCAGCCGUCGGAGGUGGAGCGCUGGAAGCAUCUUGCCCAGGACAAGAGCAGAGAGCUGGAGGCUUUCCGUCUGGAGCUGGACUCCAUCCUGGACGUCCUGAAACACCUCCAGAGACAAGGGGUGGUGUUCCCUCCUACACCCACCUCCUCCUCCAGUUAGAGCACACUCACACACACGUCUGAGGCUGGUGAUAACAUGAUGACAUGAUCAAUGUCUUCAGGUGAAGUGACGAGUACAAUGCUUUUUCUCCUGAUUGAAUGUCGACAAUAUUUCAUGUUUGACAUGAGAAACACAAAGAUACAGAAUCACUGAAAGUCGUGUGUCUGUGAAUAAGAAAAAACAAAACGUAGAAUAGCUAAAUACAUUUUGUAGCUACUAUUUUUGUAUUUAAAUUAUUGUAACUUAUUUAAGGUGUAGUGGAAAAAUAAACUAAAUCUUUUUGAAACUUU